AUGGACGCCGCGCGCGCGUCGGCACCGAGCCCGCGGCCGUUCAGGGCGCGCAAGCCGCCCGCGAUCGCGCUCGAGACGGAUCAUCUGAUUCGAGGGUAUUACAAGCGCGAGCCCGCGGCGGCGUUCGACGCGAUCGAUUGCGGCACGACGCCGGAGCGCGGCGACGCGCGCGCGCAUCACGCGCAAAAAUUCGCGCUGCGACAGCUGGAGGUGAUGCGGACGAAAAAGAUGAACGAGCGAGAGGCGCUGCGAAUCGUCGAGGCGGAGCGAGACGCCGAGCGAGACGCGUACGCGCGCGCGGCGAGAGAGGGACGGCCGCUCGACGAGGGCGAGCGCGCGCUCACGGCGCCGGGCGAGGGAUCGGACGUGGAAUUCGGAAGCGAGAUCGAGCGAAUUCAAGCGACGGAGGAGGCGGAGUGGAGCGCGCGCGUCGAGGCGGCGAGACGCGCGGCGGGCGAACGCGCCGACGGCGCCGCGCCGACGGCGCAGAUUCCCAGGCGUCGUCGCGGCGCGUGA